AUGUUCAUCAACCGUUGAUUAUACUCAACAAACCAUAAAGAUAUCGGAACUCUUUACUUAUUAUUUGGAGCCUGAGCAGGUAUAGUAGGAACAGCCCUCAGCCUCCUUAUUCGUGCGGAACUUGGCCAACCAGGAACUCUAUUAGGAGACGACCAAAUUUAUAAUGUGAUUGUCACGGCCCAUGCUUUCGUCAUAAUCUUCUUUAUAGUAAUACCUAUUAUAAUUGGUGGCUUCGGUAAUUGAUUAGUCCCUCUAAUAAUUGGAGCGCCUGAUAUAGCAUUUCCUCGAAUAAACAACAUGAGCUUCUGACUCCUACCCCCAUCCUUUCUUCUCCUUCUUGCUUCCUCAAUAGUAGAAGCUGGUGCAGGGACAGGGUGAACAGUAUAUCCACCCCUAGCAGGAAAUUUAGCCCAUGCAGGAGCUUCCGUAGACCUAACCAUCUUCUCCCUACAUCUAGCAGGAGUAUCUUCUAUUUUAGGGGCUAUUAACUUCAUCACCACAGUAAUUAACAUAAAACCCCCAGCCAUAUCACAAUACCAAACCCCCUUAUUUGUAUGAUCUGUAAUAAUUACAGCUGUACUCCUACUACUAUCUUUACCAGUCUUAGCAGCAGGUAUUACAAUACUCUUAACUGACCGCAACCUAAAUACUACUUUCUUCGAUCCUGCUGGAGGUGGAGAUCCUAUUUUAUAUCAACACUUAUUCUGAUUCUUCGGACACCCCGAAGUAUAUAUUCUAAUUCUACCUGGUUUCGGAAUAAUCUCUCAUAUCGUCACAUAUUAUUCAGGCAAAAAAGAACCAUUCGGGUAUAUGGGUAUAGUUUGAGCCAUAAUAUCCAUUGGCUUCUUAGGCUUUAUUGUGUGAGCUCACCAUAUAUUCACAGUUGGUAUGGACGUAGACACCCGCGCAUACUUCACAUCAGCUACUAUAAUCAUCGCUAUCCCCACGGGCGUAAAAGUCUUCAGCUGAUUAGCUACAUUACAUGGCGGCAAUAUCAAAUGAUCACCUGCCAUAUUAUGAGCUCUAGGCUUUAUCUUCCUAUUUACGGUUGGAGGACUAACAGGAAUUGUACUUGCCAACUCAUCUUUAGAUAUUGUCCUUCACGACACAUACUACGUAGUAGCACAUUUCCAUUAUGUAUUGUCAAUAGGAGCAGUUUUCGCUAUCAUAGGAGGAUUUGCACACUGAUUCCCUCUAUUCUCAGGUUAUACGCUAGAUGACACUUGAGCAAAGAUUCACUUUGCAAUCAUAUUUGUAGGCGUAAAUAUAACCUUUUUCCCUCAACACUUCCUAGGCCUAUCCGGAAUACCACGACGCUAUUCAGACUAUCCCGAUGCUUAUACAAUAUGAAAUACCGUAUCAUCCAUUGGCUCUUUCAUCUCCUUAACAGCAGUAAUACUAAUAAUUUUUAUAAUCUGAGAAGCUUUUGCUUCAAAACGAGAAGUCCUAAUAGUAGAACUCACACCAACAAAUCUAGAGUGACUACACGGCUGUCCUCCACCUUACCAUACAUUCGAAGAACCCGCAUAUGUAAAGAUACCCUAA